CCCGUUUUGGUCCGAUCAGGGGCCGCCCAUUGAUGCCCGGCCGCGUCUUCGCUCACGUGGGCUCACAGCGAAGCUGGCCGCUUUUGCCAUGCCAACUCCUCCAAGUCCUCCCACGGAUGCCACUGGGGGUGGCGCCACUGACACUGCGGACGUCACCACUUCGGACUCCUUCUUGGGCUUCGUCUGCGGCGACACCGUGGUGGCCGCACGGGACCUACGGGUCCGGGGCAAGGUCGUGGUCCGCCAGGGCGGCAGUGGCUAUGUCAUCGGCCCUGCAGCUUCAUCGGGGCGCAUCUGCGUGCAGUUCGAGCAACGGGAGGAUCAGAGCGAGAAUCGCUUGAACUGCCUUCCCGAUGAGCUCAGGCACACCUUGGCGGGCGGCUACUUAGCCGGCACCCGCGUGCGUAGCCACCGGACCUUAGAGUCUCCUGCAGGGACCUCCAUCCCAGCUGGCUGCUCUGGUGUGGUGAUUGGCCCUGCCCGGGAUCCCUUGUUCCAGCGACUCCUCGUCCGCUUCGCGCUGAACGGUCAGGAUCAUGUAGAAGAGUUGGUGUGCGACCCACAGGACGUGGAGAGCAGCAUCCCGGGGAACUUCCGACGGGGUAACGCGGUGAUCGCCACCCGAGACCUCCGAGUGAAUGGUCAGGUCGUGGUCCGGGAGGGCGUGCUGGGCACCGUGGUGGGCCCCAGUCACUCGGAUUCCCAGCACAGAGUCACGGUGAGCUUCAGCCAUCGGGAGGAUAGCAGCCGAAACCGCUUGAAUUGCGUGGUCAAUGAGAUCAAGCUGUAUUUGGCUGGGAAUUUAGAAGUGGGUGCUCGUGUCCAGGCGGCGCGGCCCAUUAGUUACGACCGCCUGGCGCCGGUGCCUACCGGCUCCAUCGGCACGGUGCUGGGCCCCGCGCAGGAUGAGCCCUUGGCGCGGAUUUUGGUGCGCUGGGACUCCGCCCCACCAGCAGGAGCGCCCCCAGAGCGCGAGGCCCACUCAGAUGAUUUGAGGCUUAUGAUCGCGGGCGGCUUCCGCCGGGGCGAGACGGUCUUAGCGGCGAAGGAUCUGAGAGUGAAAGGUCUGGUGGUCGUGAAGCAGAACGUGCUGGGCACCGUGGUGGGUCAAAGUGCCACCGACCCCGGAGGCCGCGUCACGGUGUGCUUCACUCGUCGAGAAGACGGCCGUAGCAACAACCUGAAUGUGGUCCCGGCCGAAAUCCAGCACAUGCCCUGCACGGGCGGCCUAGUCCCGGGCGAUCGGGUCGCCGCCCUGCGACAGCUCCUGGUGGUGCCCAAAGGCGCUCAAGGCAUGGUGGUGGGCCCCUCAUGCUCGCAGUCCAGCCGUGUGGCGGUGCGCUUCCAUUCCUCCUCCGCCGAGAGCAGCGGCGAGUGCGCCGACUCCUCCGAAGAAGUGGUGCUGCAUGUGGAGCCGGAGGACCUGAAAGUCCUCCAUGCCGUGGCGGAGGACGUGGACGAUGCCCUGCAGCCUGAAAGAGAGGAUGACACUGAAGAUUCGGGGCCUGCGCUCGCAGGAGGCUACAAUCGCGGAGAUGCAGUGGCAGCCACGCGCGAUUUGCGCGUGGGUGGCAAAGUGGUGGUCCGGGCGAACAUUUUGGGCACCGUGGUGGGCCCCUCUGGCCAGGACCCCACGAGCCGCAUCACGGUGGCCUUCGCAUGGCGGGAGGAUGGAAAAAGUAACAACCUGAACGUCAUCGCCAGUGAGAUUCGGCGCGUGGACACCCAGACGCGGCCGGAGAAGGGCGAGAUCUGUGCCAUCUGCCUGGCCGAGCUGGGUUCACAGAGCGAGGAGGGUAUUUGCCGCAUGCCUUGUGGCCAUAUGCUCCACAAGACCUGUGUGACGGCCUACUUGAACCAUCAAACUACGCAGACGAGCAGUCCCACGACUCGGCCAUCCACUUUAGGUGUGCCAGCUCCCUUAAAGCCAGCUCAGUGUCCGGUUUGUCGGAAGGAAGUGCUACCCUGAGGAAGUGCUGAUUUCGGCGUGAGAAAAGCGAGGCGAAAGGCUUAGCAGCUUAAGCUGCACGUUAAAAACGUUGGACUCAUGACAUGAAC